AUGUCGCGGGCUGGCUAUUCUGUCGUCGCCGUAUCGAGCCGCACGCCUGCGUCCGCACGGCAAUUCGCCGCCCGCAUCGAAGGCUGCGUCGCAUACACAGAUUUUCAGGAAGCCGCUGACACUGCCGACAUGGUGUUCAUCACCACAUCCGACGACGCCAUUCCAUUGGUCGCCGCAUCGGUGCAGUGGCGCGCAGGCCAGGGCGUUGCGCACUGCUCGGGCGCGGCAUCCCUCGACGUCCUGGAGACCGCAACUCAACAGGGCGCGGUACCGGGCGCGUUCCAUCCCCUGCAGGCUUUCUCGUCAGUGGAGAACGGCGUCAGGAGCAUACCCGGCAUCACAUUCGGCAUUGAGGGCAACGACGACAUGCGCGAAUAUCUCGCCAAGAUGGCGCGUGACAUCGGCGGCAAUCCCGUCUUCCUGAAGCCGGAGGACAAGGCGCUCUACCAUCUCAGUGGCGUAAUGAUGGGCAACCUGCUGACCUGCCUCGUCGGUUUAUCCGCCGAAGUCUGGGAACACAUCGGAUACACCCGAGACGAUGGCGUGAAAGCCCUCGUUCCGAUGAUGCUCGGAGUGGCCCAUAACGUCGCGACAUCAGGCAUUCCAGCUGCCGUCGCGGGACCAUAUCCGCGAGGCGACAUCGGCACGGCAACCAAGCACAUGGAAGCUUUGGCAUCGCAGCACCCCGAUCUGCUACCUCUUUACCGCGAACUCGCCUUGGCGGGCCUGCAUCUCGCCGUAGAACAGGGGCUAGCAGAAGACGCUGAGAAUCUGUUUCGCCAGAUACUGAAUGACAGUCGAAAUAGCGAAUGA